AUGCAUGCAGGAGAUAUAUAUGUCCGCGACCCUGCUAUCACCUACAGUCAGGAUCUGGGCAAAUACUUCAUCUUCAGCACACAGGAAGGUAUCAAGAUCUUCACCGCCGAUGACUUGACUGGCCCAUGGGAGCGCACCGGCUCCGUCUUACCAAACUGCUCGAAGAUCGAGCUCGAGGGCAACUGCAACAUCUGGGCUCCGGACGUCGCCUACAUCGAUGAUCAGUGGGUCCUCUACUACGCCGUCUCCUCCAUCGGCAGCCAGAACUCUGCUAUCGGUCUCGCCACCAGUCCCACGCUCGAGGAGGGCACCUGGACCGAGUAUGGCGCGAUCUUCAACUCUUCCGAGGAAGCGGACCUGAAUUGGAAUGCGAUCGACGCGAAUAUAGUUAACGAGGAUGGGAGUUUGACGAUGACCUUCGGAUCUUACUGGGGUGGGAUCUUUCAGAUGUCCAUGUCGGACAUCUAUACCUUGGACACCUCGGCUCUUCCUGGGAAUCAUGUUGCUGGCGGUAAUUCUCGCCCUGCGGAGGGCGGCUUCGUGUACAAGCCUCAGAGCAGCGACUGGUAUUACUUGUUCUUCUCCGAUGGCAAGACAGGCGUCGUGAACGCAUCAGCCGUACCCGACCCCCUCCAAGAGUACAAAGUCCUCGUCGGUCGCGCCGAAAAUGCGACCGGUCCAUUCGUCGACGAAUUCGGGCGCGCGCUGACGAAGGACGACCGCUACCCGACAGGGCACAUCGUCCUCACUUCGCACGAUAAUGUGUUCGCACCCGGUGGUCAGAGCCUUUUUCUGGACCCGGUUAGUGGGUGCGAUGUGAUUGCGUAUCACUACGUUCCCUUCGACAACAUCACGUCUGGUGCCGUGCUGGGGAUCAACUAUGUCGAUUUCUCAAGCGGAUGGCCCGAAAUUGUAAACGCAUAG